AUGGCAAAAGUGGCAGCUUGCCAACCUCUCUGUCCCUGCGAUAUCCGCGACUGCCUUCGAGAAAAGACAGUUCCGUUUCUCACAAGCUCUGAUCCCGACUGGAACGUGUACGUAAAGACGUACAACAUUCGCCUGCCAUAUGAACCGUGCUUGAUCGCUCUCCCCGAGACUCCGGAGCAAAUCGCUGGGGCUGUCGUCUGCGCGGGUAACCAUGGUAUACAGGUCCAAUCCAAGUCCGGUGGACACUCUUACGCCUCUCUCAGCAACGGGGGUAAGGAUGGUUCCAUGGUAGUACACUUGGACAAGUUUCAAGAAGUCAUUGUUGGCGAUAAGGGAAUUGCCAAAGUCGGGGGUGGAGUCCGGCUGGGACCCCUAAGUCGGGCAAUUUACAAUCAAGGGAAACGAGCACUCGCUCAUGGGACAUGCUCUGCCGUGGGAAUCGGUGGCCAUUAUACACACGGGGGAUAUGGCCAUUUUUCAAGAGCUUGGGGUCUCGCCAUGGAUCAGAUUGUCGCACUUGACGUCGUUCUUGCUGAUGGCACCUAUGUUCAUGCCGAUUCUGGCAGGAACCCAGAAAUCUUCUAUGCCAUGCGGGGUGCCGCAGAAAUGAUAGGCAUCGCGGUGUACUUUUACCUUCAAACCCACUCAGCCCCUGAAUCUGUCGUCAAGUGGGACUUUGACCUAUCGCCUGCAGCACCAACGAGCAACGUACAAGCUGCCGUCGACACAGUCCUACAUGUUCAGGACUUUGCUCAUAACGCUUCAGUUGUAGAUCGCAAGCUCUCAUUCGGCCUCGUCUUCACCAAAAACGGCCUUGGCCUGGGAGGCACGUACCUGGGCAGCAUUGAUAAAUUCACCGAUUCUAUUGCUCCUGCACUGCUACAGUAUCUUCCCAUCACCCCUGAUAAAUUCAACAUACGAGAGGUCUCUUGGCUGGAAGCGCUGAAAAUAUUGGGUGGUGACGAUCUAACGGUGCCGCCUAUGAAUCAGGCCGCCUGUAGCAACUUUUAUGCCAAGUCAACCACCGUUGCGGAACCUGGCCUCUCCCGCGAGAGCGUCUUGAGUUAUGUUAAAUUUAUCGCAAACGAGGGCCAGCGGGCUCCGGAGGGAGUACAUUGGUAUGCCAUACUGGACUUAUACGGCGGCACGGACAGCCAGAUCAACGACAAGAGCACACUGGCAUUACUGCCACCUGCGGCAUUCGGAGACCGGAACCUCGUGUGGGUUGCACAGUACCAGGCAUACGUGAACAACGAUUGCGAAUUUCCCAAUCGCAAAGGUAUUGCGUUUGUCAGUAGCAUGAGCGAAGCCUUGACAGCGGGUAUGAGCUCCAGCAAUGUUGGUGCCUACGUGAACUACGCCGACUCUGAGUUUGACCGCGACAUGGCGCGUGAGAUGUAUUACAGCACCUCGACAUUUCAACGACUGAGAGACAUUAAGCGAACGAUUGACCCGAGGAACAUCUUUGCCAAUCCGCAGACUAUUGAUCCUCGUCUGUCCUGA